UUCUUGUAAUGACUUACCCCAAAAUCAAAGAUGUACAAAGCAAGUCCUAAAAGAAGAGAAAUCGUGGAGAAAAGGAAGAGUGUACGAGACAAGGAGACUAAGCAAAACUCUAACUUCUUUGCGAAACACUUAAAGAGGAUUUACCCAAUCACGCUUCAACGAAGCACAUCUUCUUCAUUCUCACUCUCUUCUAUAUCUCUAUCGCUCUCUCAGAACUCCACCGAUUCUGUCUCCACGGAUUCAAAUUCCACGUUGGAACAAAAGAUCUCUCUAGCACUUGGUUUAAUCUCAUCUCCGCACAGAAGAGAAACAAUUGUUCCAAAAAGUAUCCCGCAACAACUAGAACAACAGCUAUGUCUGGAUUUCAAUAGCGAUGAGCCAAAGAGGUGCAAUUGGAUCACCAAGAAAAGUGAUGAAGCCUACGUAAAGUUUCAUGACCAGCAAUGGGGAGUCCCUGUCUAUGAUGAUAACCUGCUUUUUGAGUUCCUUGCCAUGUCGGGGAUGUUAAUGGACUAUAAUUGGACUGAGAUCCUAAAACGUAAAGAACUCUUUAGAGAGGCGUUUUGUGAGUUUGACCCAAAUCUGGUGGCCAAAAUGGGAGAGAAAGAGAUCACCGAGAUUGCAUCAAACAAAGCAAUAAUGUUACAAGAGAGUAGAGUCAGGUGUAUAGUUGACAAUGCCAAAUGCAUAACCAAGGUGGUUAAGGAAUUUGGAUCAUUCAGCAGCUUCAUGUGGGGGUUUAUGGAUUACAAACCUAUCAUUAGCAAAUUCAAGUAUCCAAGAAAUGUACCACUGAGAUCUCCCAAGGCUGAGAUCAUUAGCAAAGAUAUGAUCAAACGAGGGUUUCGAUUUGUCGGUCCAGUGAUUGUACACUCGUUCAUGCAGGCUGCAGGGUUAACAAUCGAUCAUCUCGUCGAUUGUUUUAGACAUGGUGAUUGUGUGAGCCUCGCUGAGAGGCCAUGGAGGCAUAUAUGAUAUUUGGAGAGAGAGAGAGAGAGUCUAAUCCAGUUUCGGUUUAUUACAUAUAUAUCCUGGUUUUUGAGGUUUUCGGUUUAUCAGAUAUAUAUUUUAAAACUUGGUUUUCAGCAUAUGAAUUUUACGUUUUUGAGUACUUUGUUUUCAACUAUCUAAGGAUAUAUUUGAUUUGAGGUUAAAUAUUUUCUUUGGAUUUAGUUUGAUAUGUCUUAGGUUUUGGUUUGGAUUUAAUUUUUACAUAUUUUAACAAAUUUCUUGUUAAUCGAUUUUCAUUUUCAAUUCGGUUUGGUUCCGAAUGUAGUUUUUUUAGAUGUAAAAAACAAAAAACUUCAAGUCUUACAUCUUACAAUAACUAGAAAAAAUGUGUCUUAAGUGAAAAAAUCAAUCAUUAAGCUUGGCGAACACAGCCUCUAAGCCAUGAUUAUUUGUUUUUAUUUUGUUGUAAUAUUCUUUUCUUCCAAGUUUUCUAGAUCAUGGCCAUGGGCAUGACUAUUAUAUUACAAUAAAGUAGUUAUUCUUGAUCA